AUGAAGAAAGUAGAAGUGGUGUUUAUUCCUUCUCCAGGUGUGGGACAUCUAGGAUCCGCCCUUGAGUUCGCUAAGCUUCUUAUCAACCGUGAUAGCCGUCUCAGCAUAACCGUCUUGGUCAUCAAGUUUCCAAACACUGAUGAAAAAGUACAAACCCUUUCGUCCUCCUUCGACUCGGAAAAUCUUCAUAUCAUCAACCUCCCUGAAUGUACUCAUCUUUCCUCCACUCCUGAUGGAAGUCACUCUGCUAGUGCUCUCGCUGAAACCCAAAAACCAAAUGUUAAAGAAGCUGUUUCCAAAAUCAAUGGACAACUUGCUGCUUUCGUUGUUGACAUGUUUUGUACCACCAUGAUUGAUGUUGCCAUCGACUUUGGUGUCCCGUCUCUUCUCUACUUCACUUCUGGUAUUGCUUACCUUGGUUUGGUGCUUCAUCUUCAUACACUUAUGGAAAACAACUUAGAAGCGACUCGAAUUUUGUUGCAGCAGGACGAGGUUGACAUCCCGAGUUUCUCUAUCCCAGUUCCUACAAACACGUUGCCCACUGUGGUGCUCGGCAAGAAGUGGGAAUCAGCUUUUAUCAAUCAUGGCAGAGGACUCAAGAAAGCUAGUGGUAUUAUAGUAAACUCGUUUCAUGAGCUAGAACCACAUGCGGCUCACUCCUUCUUGGAAGACUCGGGUCUACGUGGUUUACCCAUAUAUCCGGUGGGCCCCAUAUUAAACCUUGAGACCAAACUCAAGCCUGAGCCCAAGCUUAAUGGUAUUGUUAAUUCUGAUGACACAAUUAAGUGGCUCGAUGACCAACCUCAUUCUUCGGUAAUUUUCAUCUGCUUUGGGAGCAUGGGUGCUUUUGAUGAGGAUCAGGUUAGGGAGAUUGCAUGUGCUAUUGAGAAAAGUAGAUCCCGCUUCCUGUGGUCCAUGCGCAAACCUCCGCCAAAGGGAACCACGGGUCCGGUGUCUGAUUAUCCUUUUUCUGAUUUGGUCGCAGUCUUACCUGAAGGGUUCUUAGAGCGAACAGUAGAGAUUGGAAGGGUCAUUGGAUGGGCACCUCAGGUCCAAGUACUCGCCCAUCCAGCCACUGGAGGUUUCAUUUCGCACUGCGGCUGGAAUUCUACUCUUGAAAGCAUAUAUUAUGGUGUGCCUAUUGCCACAUGGCCACUCUUAGCUGAGCAACAGACCAAUGCUUUUGAACUCGUGCGUGAGCUGAAGAUGGGUGUGGAAAUUGCCUUGGAUUAUAGGAUGGAGUAUGAUGUUGGACCUGACUAUCUUUUGACUGCAGACAAAAUUGAGAGAGGAAUAAGAAGUGUGAUGAAUAAGAAUGGAGAGAUAAGGAAGAAAGUAAAAGAAAUGAGUGAACAAAGUAGGAAGACAUUGCUAGAGAGUGGAUCUUCCUACACUUGUUUAAGUCAUUUGAUUGAUUAUAUUAUUAAUCAAGUGUAA